AUGGAUCCUGUUUAUAUGUCAAGUCAUUGCAUUCCAACUGAUUUGAUGGGUAAAACAGUUCUAAGUCGCCGUUCGCCAUUCAAGGUUCAUCAAGCUUUAUGGAACCCAAGCAUUGAUUUGUUAACCUUAGCUUCGCAAAAGGGUGAGGUAUGCGUACGACGCUUGCACUGGAGACAUGGAUGGAAGAGGGAUAUCUAUGAUGUCAAACCACUGUUAUUGGAUCGAGUGAAAUCGGAAGGUGAAAUCCGGUUGGAAACGAUGUGUUGGAGUCCUGAUGGCAAGGUCCUCGCGACAGCUUUUAGUGACGGCUGUAUUCAUUUGUUGGAUGCUGAGAAAGGAAUCGUCAGAUUUACUGUCAGAAUGAGGACUCGUGUGACACGGAUGAGAUGGCAGCGAUUCAAUCAGAAGUUGAAUACGAAUCCAAUAAGUGAGGACACACUUUCCGGCGCACUUGGUGACUUAUCAGAAAGCGAAAGUUUGAAUGACAAAUCAGAAGAAUUGAACCAGCUGAGAGCGAUGAAAGCAUUCUGUGACAGCAGCAAUCUCAGUGUCCUUGGGACACUGUUAUUCGCUCUUAAUGUAGACAAUUCUGUGAUUAUUUUGGCAGCAGGUGUUCUUCCAAUUGCUUCUGUCGAGCCGCCAUUCCAUUUAUUUGGCAAUUGCGACCCGUAUUCGAUAACAGUGGGUGAUAUGUUUUAUUCAUCUAAACGAGAUCAGUUGAUGGUUGUGUAUUCCAGUAUGGGUGUGCUCAACUCAGGUGCUAGCGGUCCGGGAAUGAAUACUCAGGUGAUUGGUUUCGACAUUGAUAGUUUAGGUUAUCUAAAAAACGGCCUAAUAUGGACCAUUGCGCUCAGAUGGCUGAAAUUGGCUUUUUAUGUGUGCUUUGUUUCUGAAGCAUUUGCGCGAGCAAUUAUCGAUUGGGAAGAUCAGUCAAAGGAAUUUAAUGAAAAAUUCCGUUCUUUUGGGGAAGAGAAUGCUUCGAAUUGUAAUCUCGGAGAAUGUUUUAUUAAUAUGAUAUUAACGGGGCAAGCAAGUCCCGAACUAAUGAAUUUUUAUCGUAACGUACUAAAACCAACGGAGUGGAAGAAAAUGACUGAUUGGGCUAACAGAGGUUUUGGUGAUAUAAUUGGAAGCAUUGGGAGAGAGCUUCUUCCUGGUGCAGAAGCAUUGCAACACAACAUGAAACAAUUAUUUAUCGAGGCGCGAUGUGCACUGCGUAGUUCUAGAGCUGAAAAGCUUUUACCGAAGCGUCUAUUCGAUGUUGAUGUAUAUCCUUAUGGCAAAUAUGCUGAAGAAAAUGAUGAAGAAGCUUCGUUAAAAGAACUUAGGAGUUUUCAGAAUCUGGCGGAAGAUAUUAUCAAUAAAAUUAACGAGAUGCAUUUAGUGGCUACGCGCAACAGAAAGGAUUUGGUCAGUUUCACUAGUUGGUUAUCACAGACGCCACCGUUUACGGCAAAGAACAAACAUUCCGCUUCAGAACUGAAAUUCGAUUUGCAGUUGAUUACUGAAUAUAUUAGGCAAGCAACCAUUGCAAAAAACGGAAAUGCGGCGGAAGGAAGCAAAUUGAUGACCGAUACCUUCCAAAAUAAUUCGUUUGAUAAAGUACUUCAAUAUUUUGAUCGUCAAAAACCCCUUAGAUAUCGUCUGGAUGUACGAGGCAACGGUUGGGACAUGUUGCCUGAACAGCAGUCUCCGAGAACUUUAGCCGAUAGCAUUACGAGUUGCUUUGAUGUCUUGCAAACUAUACAAGAUAUAUUCCUGAAAAACUUCACUGCAGCUGUAAUAGCGCAGACAAAUUUAGUACUGGAACAGGGUCAUGCGGAAGGUUUUGAAAAGUUUGCAAUAUUUUUACCUCAUGAAAAUGUAUCUGCAAAUUGUGCAUACAAUGAGCAAAGGUGGUUGUUAACGAUAGCGGAUGAGCCAUUUGCAGUAUCUUGCAUCGGCGUUAAUGGUUCUCGUCAUGUAAUCUAUGGAGCCUCAAGCAAAGUGCUAUACGAAAUGUGCUACUCAAAACAUAUGAAAAAUGUAGCUAGCUUUAGCAGGAGUGUUAAACAGAUUUUACCAGAAAAUUCGAAUAGCAAGGGCUUCCAAGUAGAAGUUGAUAACGUUAAGUUGUCUUCGGAUGAACAGCAGGCACAGAAGAUUGGAAAAAGUACGAAAGGAGUCGAUAAUGUUAUGCCUAAGUCGCCAACUUCAGCAAAGCUAUCAAGGAUUGAAAAUUCUUCCAUUUCUUCAAACGAAUGCAGAAAUGUGUCUUCAUUUAGUUGCCGGCUGAUGGACUUCGAGUGGUAUGGUAGUGGUAGUUUUUACGGAUUGUUAAAAAUUUGUAAGGUCAACAAAGAGGAGACAGUGCUGUUUAGAAGCUGCCUUUUUGAUAAUACAAGUUAUUUGCACGAGGAUACUUCAGGUUGCACGGAAUCUUACGUGUCCUUUACUGUUUCUUUUCAUCGAAAAUCGGGUGUUGUUUUCACGGAGAAUGGUUUUCGAGCAAAAUGGUUCGAAAUUAAGAUCCCUCUUCAAAAAAAUUUGAUUCUCACCCGAAAGCAAUCAAGAAGCGGUAUUUGUCAAAGUAAUCAGAUGAAAAGUAUAAUUUCUGAAGCUAUGGAUGUAACUGAACAAGUGCACGUUGAAGAAGGGUUGGUUAUCGAGCAACAAGAAGAAGGGACGGGAGAAAAUGUUCAGCUAAGAAGGAGCAUAAGGAAGAGAAAACCACUGAAGAAAUAA